AUGAAUGAGCUCAUCAAGCUCCCAAGCUUCAUGGUUUUCAGGGUCCAGCAAGCUCGGGCGACCGGUUCGCGCCGGCGUUUGGGGUCGGUUCCUGCAUUGGCGGCCUUCGACGGCGCCGCUACGGGAGAAGCUAAUAACCGCUUCCGAAGUUCCGCGCAGCACCCGAAAGCCCGGGCGAGAGCUUACAGCAGAGGCCAGUGUUACAGGUUGUGA